UGGAAAUGACGUUAAAUAUUGUAUAGCUAUAUUCGUGGCAUGCAAGUCACUUACCUUUUAUAACCACCAAUACCUGUAUUUUAUUAUAAAGUUCUAAUGAAAGAAACCGAAUGAAAGAUUUUGUCUUAUAUAUGUAUGUAAUUGAAAUCAAUGUCGAAGAAUCAGAGAUUUAUUAUAUAAGUAUACGGACUACGGCAUACAAGUUAAGGGAAAAUGAAAUUGUGGUUGGUGAUCAUUCACAUUGUUUUGGUAGCUACAAAUAUAUGGGUCACAGCGCAUUUUCACGAAGAACUUCCAGAAGAUAAUGAAUUUGCAGAGUUUGAAGAUUUUGAAGAAGAUAAACCAAAUUCAGCAGCUCCUUCUGAUCAUAUAACGGAACAUCAUAAGGAAGCAGAUUUAAAUGAAGAUUUUGAAGAAGAUGACGUUCUUAUUGUUGAUGGAGAUAGUGAAUUUGAUCAUUUUCAAGAUGAGGAAGAAUUUGAAGGAUUAGAUGUAACUGGUGGAAAUGCGGGUUCUAAAAGCGAUGAACCAUCCACACUUACUAUUACUAAAGUACCAUUGCAUUUGCGUGCGAGAUGGGAUAGUUUCUGUUUGGAAAUAUUGAUGGUAGCUGGACUUUUAGUAUAUUGCAUAAACUAUAUCGCAGGACGUGCUAAAAAUGGACGUAUAGCGGAAUGUUGGUUACAAGAACACAGGCAACUUUUGUUAGAAAAUUUUACUCUUGUAGGUGAUACAGGAAAAUUAACGGAAAAUGAAUCUGAAAAUGGUUUGGUCAAAGAAAGCGAGUCGCAAUACAGCUUAUAUUGUUCAGGUCGAGUUGGCUGUGAUUCGAUGUUAAUAGAAUUGAAAUUAGUUAAGAGACAAGACUUAAUUGCAGUAUUAGCACAAUUAGUACGACCACAAAAUGACCAAGCGCAUAUAAGAGUUGAUCUUGCCAAAGAUGAAGUUGAUAGUUUUGUAUUAGCAAUUGCUACAAAACGAACUGCAAUACAUUUGACAAGAGACAUGGCUGAUAUUAGCGUUUACUGUCCUGAAAAACGACCUGGAGAGAAAUAUGGACUUCCAGCAGGCUUUUAUGUUAUGCCAGAAAUAGCUGAAACAGCUUCGGUUAUUUUAGAUACCAAAGUUCUUCAAGCUUUUGCCAAAUUUGCACAAUAUAUAGAUUAUAUCCACAUCAGUGAUCAAUAUAGUGGACCUAAACAACAAACAGAAACUACUCAAUUAACAAUGCCUGAGGUAAAAAAAGUAUUACUAGUCGGACUAAACAUAAGUAUAAAAGGGCGUACAGCUAGCCCAGAAUGUCAAGAAAAACUAAAACUUCUUCUUCAACUUACAUUUUACAUAUUGGAUAAAUUACGACGUUUCAAAUUAUCCAAAGAGGGUAAAAAUAAAGCGGAUAAAAAUCGGCUAAGAGUGGAGGAAGCAUUUUUGAAAACAACGCACGCGGCACGAGUCGAAGCCGCAGCACAGAAACGAGAAGAACGUAGAAGAGCUGAAAAAGAAAAAAUGCUUCAGAAAGAAGAUCCUGAUAAGCAAAGAAAGUGGGAAGAAAAAGAACAACGUAGAUUGGCAAAAAAACGUGCACCAAGAAUGAAACAACUCAAAGUUAAAGCUUUGUGACCCGAUGCGGAUGUCACUGUUGCAUGUGACGAAAGCUCUAGGCAGCCAUAUCAGAAAUUAAAACUGAAAAACUUUGAUACGAUAAAUAUAGUUCUAUUAAGCAAAUUAAAUGCAAUGAUUUCAUGCUGAAAUCAGAAUUAGAAAAAAAUUAUAUAUAAAAUUUAACAAACAAAUCUAUAUUGAAGUUUUUGAAUUGAAGUUUGAAUACGCAUAUUAUUCCAUUUGAAUAUGCUUUACCUAAUACAGCCAACUAUAAGGCUGAAUUUUAAUUAUAACUAAGAGACUGUUUUUAUUAAAUCAUUUAUAAAAAAGAGUUAAUUUCAUUCAUUCAAGAGAUUAAAAGCAUAUAUUAUUAAUAGAAUAAAAGGUGCAUGAAAGGGGUGUAUGGAUUUUGUCUGAAAAAUAAGUACUCCUAAAUAUAAAGAAAAAAAUAUGUAAGUAACUUUUUUCUACCGCCGUGUUGUAUUAUCGUGUCCUAAUAUACAAUUUAAAAACAAAAACAAAACUAACUCUACAUUACUUAAUACAAUUUCCUUGAAAUAUCAUGCUCCUUUCUUGCUUAUUAUUUAUAUAUUUGUUAUACGUUAACAGAUAUUAGCAUUGAAUGCAUUUUAUAAGUAUUGUAAAUACCAUAUAUUGUAAUUAUAUAAAUAAUACGUAUGUACUUGAAAAUACACUUAUUUCCAAUGGA